AUGGUUAGGUUAACGCGAGGUCGAAUAAAAAUUUGGCGUUCACUGAAUUCCGAAGAUUUGGAAAAGGAACUUAAUGAAAUCUACUGCGAAAUUUCGAAAAAAUUCACUUUCGCUGACAUUGAUUUAGACACAAAAAGAGAAUACAGAGAUUUUUUAUGUGACAAAUUCCAAAAAGCAUCGAUCCCACUGAAAAGAGCUUUAUUGGCUUGCGUCAGAAUUUUAUUCCGCGAUAAAUAUAGUGUUGAAGAAAUGGUCAACGAUGAAUUGUCUACGAUUAUAAUACAAGCAGCUUCCCUUACUGAAAAGUGUAACGUUUUUGAUGACUUCGGAGUUUUAAUGGAGGCAGAAAUGUGUCUUAUCAAUGGUCUGUUUAAUGCUAUCUCUCUUCGACAGACUUUCACGGAACGUUGCUGUGAUUCAUUACUGAACCGUAUUGAAUUAUUAAAUGCUGUGGAUGAGGUAACUACAUGCGAUGAUUCAUAUUCUGCCCCUAAUGUUUUUUUUCUAACCAUCGAACAGAUAAAUCAGCUUGCAUUUUAUGAUCUCCGUAUUUCAUUCGUUUUGACUGCUUAUUCUAUGCAAUUGCAGUCUCGCUGGUUAUCAAAUGGUUUUGAUAAAUUUCUUGGAGUUGUCGAAAAAUGUUUGAAUUACCCAGAACAACUGAUGAAAAUAAUAUCUAGAAGCGGCGACUCCACUUUGAAAUCCUUUGUCAGUCGAGCCAACGAAGCUUUAAAAACAAUUUUUAAUCUCUUGAGUCAUGCGGAUAAGGAAUCGGUAAACACAUCGUUGUGCAUACGCUGCAUUACAUUAUGCGCGAAGAUUAUUAUUCUGGAAAAUGUCGAACCUUCACUGGAGCAAGCGGCUGUAAAUAUCUUAGUAACAGUUCCAUAUCCAUUAAAUCUACUUCUAACAAAGUCAUCAAAUGAUUCGGCUGAUUUGACUGAUUUCGAAGGAUAUAAUAUGCAUUUUCCCGAUGUUCUAAUAAAAGCUUUAAACCAUCGAAUGGAUGAUGAAAAUUUUGAAUUUCUCAGCUCCUAUUUUACGGUUCUAAUCAAUUUAUGCAACCAGUCUAAAGAAGUCAGACGAUAUUGCAGAUUACAGAUAAUGCCACCAUUACGCGCAACACAUGUGCGAAGAAGACCUGAUGUCGGUGGCGAUAUGCGUAAUAAACUCAUUCGUAUUAUGAUGGGAAUGUCCAAUUGUCGGCAACUGGCUGCUGAACUGCUUUUUAUUUUAUGCAAAAAGAAUGUCGGUCGAUUUAUGAAAUAUUGCGGGCUUGGAAAUGCAGCCGGUCUCUUGGCCAACUAUGGUUUACUGGGUUUAAUCAACCAGCCAAGAAGCAGUUCAGACAGCGAAGAAUCUGAGACGGAAGAUUAUAAGGAAGUUGAACAUAUGGUGAAUCCAAUAACUGGAUACAUCGAAGAACAACAUGAAAAUCCAGUAAGUAUGUCAGAAGAACAGAAAGAAUAUGAAACUAUGAAAUUAGUGAAUACUAUGAGUAAACUAAUGGACCAAGGUGUGAUUUCUCCUUGUACAAUUGGGGAUGACGGACGAAUACGACCUGUUGAGCAUAUACUCGAAUUAACGAAAAAAAAUGUCGAAAUAAAUGAAGAUGACGAUGAAUAA